CCAGAUCCCAACAACCCACUCCCACAACUGUUACACACACCCUCUGGCCUGGCGAUUCUCGAACUCCAAGGAACAAUCAACUUUCCCACCAACACUGCAUCUGAUGAAGACCCUUCUUCAGAUCUACCAUCAACAGCCACAGAGGUCGGUCGUUUGGUGUUUCCCCACUACACACCAGGCAUCUCUGACCCCAAUGGCGGAGCUUGGAUGAAAAGAGUCUACUUUUACAUUGGAAAACAUCAACGCAUGACGGGCGAGAUCAAGAAAUUGGCAAAACCAUUGGCGGUGUUGAGGAAGGCAGAUGGCAAGGAAGAAGGCGCAGUCGAAGUUGUGGAGAUUGUGAAGUACAAGAUUUUGUUUGGGAGUAGACCGGAGCCAGUCAGU